UUGUUUUCAGGGGAUGCAUAUACAGCCAGUCCCUGAGGAAGGAGCCAAUUACGACCCACAGAUUUCUUCACUGAGACCAGGUCACCCCGGACUCCAACUUCUACCAACGAGAACAGAGACCUUGGAUUAGAACACUUCUGUGAAUCCCUAAAGAAAAGAUGACCAAAGACAGAAGCACCUCUUAUUUUCUCACAGUACUUGAUCUUCCUAAAAUAAAUGUUAAUUUAUAUUCUCCAGAAACAACACGUAGGAGACUGUUAAUCAGUCUCCUUAAGACUUGAUGAGAAAUUUAGUUUCCCUAUGUGGAAUGAUGAGUUGUCCUGUCAGAUUUCAGUAUCUGUGGCACAAACUGUCAGGCCUCUCUCCCCACACACUGUUAACGUUGCUGCCUUCAUGUUUUAAUCGUUCAUGCCAGAGACCAAUAUCACAAUCACAGUACUUUUCAAGGCUUUCUCUUUUUACAUAUGGAACUGAUUAUUUCCACAAAGUUGAAAAAGCAAGGCAAACAGCUGAGGAGGAAGGGCAGGAAAAAAUUUGAUGCCGAACACGGCCACCCUGAGAGAGGAAGUAGCUCAGCCGGGGCCGUACCCUCCACAGACUGCGUGAGGAUGAGCUCCAGGUUUUCUUUGGGCCGAUGUUUCGUGUCCUCCACCAGCUUAUAGACGCGGUGUCGCCGGUGCAAACGUGGCUUCCGGCCCUCCCCAGCCAGCGGCACCUUCCACCAGCGCUCCACGAUGACCGUGCCCUGGAAGCCGAGAAAGCAAGGGUGAGCAAGUCUCCGCAGAGAACACCCUCUUCCACCGCCUGCACCUCAGAGAAACCCCGCCAGCCCCCAGACCGGGCCACACCAGUCUGGAUUCAGCGCGCCCCCAGGAACGGUACUCGGGCGUAACAGCCCCAUAAGCCAGACCCCUCUCACCCGGUUUUGAGAGAGGCUGAAGUCGCGCUCCGGGUGGGGGAUGCCCACUUCAAGUCGCGGCCGGAGCAGUUCCCGGACUUUUCCUCGCAGCAGCAGCUCAGCGCCGGCCCGCAGGAGAGCUCUGCCCGGGGCUGUGGCCGUGGGCGCCGCCAUGUUUCCGAGCACAGACGGAGAUCUGAGGAAGGACCCCGGCGUUCGGCGGCAGGAAAGGCCCCCACGGGGGCUGCCCACGGCGUGCCUGAGCCGGCGCGGCUCUGGUCUGGGCUGAGCGGGGGCCGGGUGGGACUGCGGCUUCAGUGAAUCGCCGACGUUGUCGGGAGACAGGACCGUUGAGUUUCUGUUGAAAAACCAUACGAUCUGGCACCACCAAGUCUGCAUACCUGCUGCCAACUGGAUGGAGCUGAGUUGUGUCGGCUUUAGACAGGGUAGGGGAAAAACACGGAACUACCUCUACCCGAUCUGGUCACCAUACGCCUACUAUCUUUACUGUUACAAAUACCGGAUCACCCUCCGGGAGAAGAUGCUGCCUUGUUGCUAUAAAAGCAUCUGUUAUAAGGAACAGGAGGACUUGACCCUCCGGCCCCGUUACUGCCUCCAGUGCUCCGAGUCCCCAGCCGGCCUCCAGGUGGGCAGAAGCACCGAGCAGGGUAACAACAACCAGCUUAAAGAACUGUACUCGGCUGGAAACCUGACGGUGCUGGCUACUGACCCCCUGCUCCACCAAGACCCAAUACAGUUAGACUUCCACUUCCGCCUCACCCCCCAGACCUCUGCCCAUUGGCACGGCCUUCUCUGUGACCACCGACUCUUCUUGGAUAUUCCAUAUCGGGCCUUGGAUCAAGGCAACCGGGAAAGUUUGACUGCAACACUGGAGUUCGUGGAGGAGAAGACCAACGUCAACUCCGUGUUUGUGAACUUCCAAAAUGAUCGGAAUGACAGAGGUGCCCUGCUGAGGGCCUUCAGCUACAUGGGCUUUGAGGUGGUCCGACCAGAUCACCCUGCCCUCCCUCCCUGGGACAAUGUCAUCUUUAUGAUGUACCCCCUUGAAAGGGACCCUGGCCACCUGCCCAGCGAACCUCCCUGAACAUGCUUAUUCCAACUCUGAGGGGCUGGAAGGCUUGACAUAUGGGAACCAGGGGCCCAGGAUGUGAUUCAAGACACCUUCCUCCAUCCUAGGAAUAAAGGGUAGUGCAAUCAUCGA